AUGACCACAGCCCCUCUCCCACCCCUCGGCUUCCUCGCCGUCGAAGUCUCCAUCCACAGACCCCCAGGCGACCCAUUCAACCCCUCUACCUGGCCCUUCCCCCUCAUCCACACCCUCGUCCCCGGCUCCUCCGAAGCCCAAAUCGUCACUUCCACCACCUAUCCCCCAGCCUUCAUCGAGCGCUUCGUCUCAGCCGGAAAAGAACUCGCAGCAAAAGGAUGCAUCGGAAUAAUCACAAGCUGCGGCUUCCUCGCGCUCGCACAGCGCGAACUAGCUUCGAAACUCCCUAUCCCGAUUGCCACGAGCGCAUUGGUGCAGAUUCCGAGUAUUUGCGCGUUUUUAGGCAGCGAGGCUAUUGUGGGUGUCCUUACGUACGAUGAGGAGAGAUUGGGUGUUGCGCAUCUGGAGGCUUUGGGUGUGGAUGCGGGACGUGUAAGGAUCAAGGGUAUGCCGAAGGGGGGCCAUUUGCGGAGGGUUAUCCAGGAGGGCGAGAAGUAUGAUGAGAUUCGUAUGGAGCAGGAGAUGAUUGAUGCAGUGGGGGAAUUACUGGAGAAAGUGACAGGUAGUGGUGAUAAGCUUGGGGCGAUAGUGCUGGAGUGUACGCAGAUGCCGCCGUAUGCGGGGGCUAUUCAGCGGAGGGUGGGAGUGCCUGUGUAUGAUGUGUAUACUAUGGGGAUGUGGUUUUACUCCGGUUUAGUGAGGCGGAAGCCGGUACAAUGGGAAAUAUAG